UGAAGGUUUGAUGAAGGCGGCAGCCAUAGACGCCAUUGGAGGUGAUGACCCGAGGUCAGGGCCGGGCUCUGUUUCGGUUCCGGUCUUCUGUGUUUCUUCUUCAGCAAAGGGGGUUUUAAUAAUUAAUGUCGGAGGUGGUUGUCGGAGCCUACGAAGGUGCUUGUUGGAGUUGGUCAUCGGAGUUUGUUGUCGGAGCCUGAAAUUGGUCAUUGGAAUUGGUUGUCAGAGGAAUUGGUUGUCAGAGUUGGUUGCACGAAGGUUAUCGAAGCUCGGAGUUGGUCGCACGAAGGUUAUCGAAGCUCGGAGUUGGUCACUGGAGUUAUCAUCGGAGGUGGUUGUUGGAGCCCGAAUUUCAUCGUCGGAGUUGUCGUCAGAGGUGGUUGUUGGAGCCUGGAGUUGGUUAUCGAAGUUAUCAUCAGAGGUGGUUGUUGGAGCCUAAAGUUAGUUUGCGGAGUGUGUCAGUGGCCGAUGGGUGAAACCAUUAAAAAUAUUGGAAGAAAGGAGAGUUGGGGUGAGUUGAUAAAAUAUACCAACUCAACUUCACCAAUAAUGAGUUGAUAUAUUAUACCAACUCAACUCAACUAAUGUCGGUGAGCCAAACAUUCCCUUAAAUUGUUAAAUUUACUAAAUGAUGAUUCAA